AUGCAACUCACCAACUUCAUCACGCUCACCGCCGCUUUCUUCACAGCUGCUUCUGUCGCAGCUCCCGCUCCUCAAGCAACUGUCACCAUUAUUGCCAGGGAUAAGGCCAUCCCUAACUCAAAGACGACUCUGAGCAUUCCCCUUGGCAAGCUGACUCACCCGUCUGACCUGUCUUGGUCGACCUUGACACUCGACAAGUUGACCAUCAAAAACGGACAAGACCUCCAACGCCCUCCCACGAUCGACCUCAUCAACUGUCAGAUGUACAAGGACAAGAACGGCGUCUCGCUGGAAAGCUUUAGAUUUAACAAGGCAACCCCAGCUGAUGUCACCCCCUUGACUACCCAAAUAAACCUCAGUAUGGGUUGGAUCCUCUGUUAUGUUGAGGGCGACAGUGUCCCUAAAUAG